AUGAAAGAAGUCAAAUUCAAGAUAGAUGCAAGCAAAAUAGUGCAAGCAUGCCAUUCUAUCACAAACUCUAGUUUAGACACCAGAGCAAAUACUCCGAUAGUUCACAUGGCCAUACUAGAGCAUAUACUCAGCAAGAGUCUAGAAAUAGAGAGCAGCCAGUAUAGCGAUAAAGAAAGGAGAACUAUCUUAAAGAUAAUCAAGAAUAGGAUGUACGAGUACUUUUUGUACAACAGAAAUGUAGCAGGCAUUGUGCGUAGUUUGCACUGCGCAUUGAAUAGGAGAGACAGCGGGUCUAUUAAAAGCAAGACCAUUCUUCUAAUCAACGAAGUCAUAGCACCAAACACGUUUAUAUACAGCCCAGAGCAUGGAAUUCGCAGACGGGUUGGCAGAAAUGAAAAGCUGGAUAGCAUAGACCCAGACGAUAGCAGCGCUGACCUAAGCGCUAGAAUAUGCACCCUAGAAAUUGAUGCUGCAGGCUUUUCCGGCCUAGAGGGCAUCCUCCAGCUUACCUCAGAGAGUCUGGACAGAGAGAGCCUUUUGUAUACUGCUUGCUUAAUGUACUCGAUAGGCACGCAUAAACUAAAAAAGAUCAUGCACAUAGAGGAAUGCUACACUCUCAGCGAUUUAUACACUCUAAAUAAAGACACUGGCGUGCCACUAGUAGACUACGGGCUGAGGCUUCUUUUUAAGAAAUACUAUGCUCUUGAAGACUUGGCCAGGAAGAUCAAAGCAAUGGGGAGAGCUCCUAGCAGCACCCCACAGAUAGCUGAACAAAUCAGCGAGGUAUUUAGCCCUGAGGACCUGAAAAUAAUCAUCUCUAUCAAGAAUAAUCUAGAAAACAUCAAAUACGAGAAAAGGCUGCAGAACUGCAUGGCCAAAACACUGGAAUACAUGCAAAAUAGCACAAAUCUCUUGGAGGGAGUAGAUGGAUCAAAAACGCUAAGGAUAAAAUUAAGCUUGAGUGAUUUUUAUGCAAAGUAUGUGGCCAGCACAAAAUUAGAAAAGCUGAUACAGACGAAAAGAGGCAAAUUGCACAAAGAGAUAGAAACAAAGACUCAGGCUUUACGUGAAGAAAAGGCACAGUACAAAGCAGUGAGAGCAGAUUUGCAAGACCCAAUAGACAAGCCCCGCCUUCACUCUGAGAGCUACAGCCAAACACAAGAAGAAAAGAGCAAAGAGACAGAAAACAAAAGAUGCGCUAUCAACAAGAUGCAAAAUGAAAUAUAUUUGCUGAAAUGCGCGAGCAAAAAAGAAAACAUGCAGUCCAAUAACAUUCGCGUUCUUCUGCGCACCCUGCGCUUUUUACCCACAAUGGAUCCAAGCCAGAAAAUACACGUGUUCAAUAAGAUAGAAGAGUUUGGAAGAGCACACGAUAUAGAGAUAAAAGCAGUGCGGUACGCCUUCGCAACAAAACACACGCGAGCACAGAUAUUUAGAAUCUUCAUCAUAUCUUUCACUAUUUACAUAAUAGUAGCAUCGAUAUUGCUGUGGAUUAGAUUCAAAAAAUAA